AUUCUGGUACACUGGCUGCUCACGGUGUGGGGGUGCAUGAAUUACAUGUUUCCAGCCUCCUAUGCCUGGGGAAAUUUCAGUGUCCUUGCAGUGGGGAUCUGGGCCAUUGUGCAGCGAGACUCCCUUGAUGCCAUCAUGAUGUUCCUGACUGGCCUGCUGCUCACAGUCCUCACGGACAUCAUUCACAUCUCUGUCUUCUACCCUCCAAACAACUAUCUCUCUGAUGUGAAGCGUUUCAGUGCAGGCAUGGCCAUCUUCAGCCUCCUCCUCAAACCUGUGUCCUGCUAUUUGGUGUAUCAAAUGUAUCGGGAGCGCGGAGGAGAGUACACUUUUAACAUAGGUGCCAACCGUGCAGGCCAGGAUCGCAGCAGCUAUGAGCCAAUUGAUCGGCAGGAUGCCCCCCCACAGUGGCCUGACUCAAGCAAGACAGCCCAGCAGCCAUACUGA